AUGGCCCCAACUCUAGCUCCUGCUCAUGCAUGCAUUGAAAUCUCAACUCCCGUCGGCCAGGCUCUCGAGCCGAACAGGUUCGUUCAGAAAACCCAGACGUCCCGUGCGGUAGAAUUCUCCCUCGGCGCCCGGCUCUACGCCCUCAUGAUGCUCAUGGAGUGGCAAAGACCGAAAUCGAAAUGUCUGAGGCAUUAUCCCGCGGCCAUCCUCUGUGGGCACGUCGGUCGGCUUGUCUCGACCCAGACCAUCGUCCCGAGCGCUGCCUGUCUUCUCGCCGUACCGCCAUCCGUUCGCCCUGGGCCAGGCCUCCUUCGCGGCGACGGCCGCCCGUCUCUGAGCCCUGAAGAUGCCCCACCCGAAGCCUUCCGGCGCACUCCACAGCGUCCUCUCCAGCGUCCUCCCCAGCGUCCUCCCCAGCGUCCUCCCCAGCGCCUUGGCCUGCCGCCUCGUCCCCUAAAAACGCCAAUCGUCGCCCCCGCUCCCCUGCGGCGAACGCGCCCGGCGCCUGCCUCCCCAGGCGGCGAGCAACGCCGAAACUGCGCGAGGCUGAAGGAUGGAUGGGGAGGCACAAUGCUCUUUUUCGCCUCUCGACUUCACUCCCUCUUCUCCUCCUCCCUUCCCCAACGCUCCCACGACCGGCCUCUGCCGCCAUUCUUUCGCCCCGACAGCAAGGCUGCCAUUUUUUCCGAGCCCAUAUUUACUCACCUCUCCCGAAAUGCCGUAGCAUCCUGGGCCCUGCACAAAUCCUCCGCCGCCGCAGCCUGCCGCUCUCUCACGGGGACGGCUCCCCUCACCCUUGACGGCUCGCCCAACAUGGUGCUCUGCAAAUUCUACCAACAAGGCAACUGCAGGUUUGGCGGUACGUUUCGAUGCACGGUCGAUGGUCUCCCCUUCGCGCCGCACCCCCCUUGCCCAGUCCCUGUGUGCCUGCCGUUUACCGCCUCGAGCUCGUCCGUGGUGGUGUCGACGCCCUUUGUCCGAGAGCAGGCGCUGACCAGGCACGCACGACCUCUAGAGAACUGUCGAUUCGAACACCCCAAGAGACCGCAGCAGCAGCAGAACCGGUUCGGCCCGCUCGAUGGCGGAUCGAGCGGUGCGGGAAAUGCAAAUUCAUUCGUCAAGUACGGUCUGUCAGCCGACGUCAUCGAGAAGGACUUGACGACGGGCAAGCCGGAUUGGAUCCUCUCCGCCUACGCACCCGGCAAGGACACACCCGUUCAGCUCUUCGGGGGCCAUCCUCGCGAACAGAGCUUCGAGGAAGUGCGCCUCCAUUAUUUGAUGGGCAAGGCUUCCGGCAAGGAACAGCAGGCGCUCAACGAAAUCCAAGAACUCUAUGCGACUGCGUCUCAGCAGAUAGGAAAUGCCGUGCGCAACGUGCAGGAGGCGAUGCGCUACGUCGCGGCCGGCGAAAACCAGCAUCCCAACCGGCACGACGUCUGCCGUGAAGGCACCCAGGGCGCCCCGUUCGGCGAGUUCGCUCUCGGCAGGAGGCCCAAGCUAGGAGGCCCGUCGUCCGCCCCGUCCAAUCCCUUCGGCGCCGGUGCUGCCAACAGCGGCAGUCCCUUCGGCGCACCAUCACAACCGGCCGGCGCGUUUGGCCAGCCAUCGGCUCUGGGCCAUCCUCCCAAUCCGUUUGGAGCACCUGCGUUUGGCCAACCGGCUGCCUUGCCGGCAUCGUCACCCUUCGGACAGCCGUCUCAGGGAGGAGGGUCCGCCUUUGGCCAGGUGCAGCAGCCGACGGCGUCCGCCUUUGGUCAACCAGCGACUCUCGGCGCGAGGCACAACCCCUUUGGCGCCCCGGCCUUUGGCCAGCCGGCGCAGCCAAACGCCCAAGCCAGCGCUUUCGGUCAAGCAAGUCAACUUGGCCAGAAGCCAAAUCCUUUUGCCUCCAACGCCAACGCACCGGCCAUCUCCAGCCCGUUUGCCGUCGUGGGCGACGGCAACAACAACGCCACAGCGGCCAAUCCUUUCGGAGCUGCUCCAAACUCCAACCAAGCCGAGACGGCACCAAAUCCAUUUUCUUCCAAUUCUACCAAUCAAAGUAACCUUGCACCGAAUUCCUUCGGCCAGCCUACGCAACCUUCGACCGGUCCCUUCGGCCAGGCCCAAUCACCGGCGGUGGCGUCGAACCCUUUCGCGAGCAAUCAGCAGCAGCAAGCGCAAACCGGCAACCCGUUCGGUCAACCGGCCCCGCCCCAAACGAACGGAGCCUUUGGACAGCCGGCCGGCAACCCGUUCGGCCAGAACAAUGCCGGCCCCUUCGGCCAGCAGCAACCUGCCGCGUCGAAGCCCAAUCCCUUUGGCCCUCCUACGGCCCAGCAUCAGCCGGCUGCUCCUGCUGGCAACCCAUACCCGCCCGGCAGUGCGAGGCAGCAUCCGCUUCUGGAGACGUACAGCUCCGCAGGCAUCGAUGGUCGCCUUGCCACCUUCAAAGGGAAGCCGGUGAGCUACAAGAACGGGAAGCCCGGCAUCAGCGCCUUCGACGGCACUUGGUCACGCAUCUGGUUCCCCGCUGGCCCACCCGGCUAUUCCAAGGACACCGAACUGCCUGCUGAGCAGUACGAUCAGAAGUCGAGAGCCCAAUGGGAAGCUUUUGCUCAGUCGGGAGCGUUUGCGGACGGUCUGAUGCCCGCCCUUCCGCCGCCCAGGGAGUGCACGCAUUCAUGGCGUUUGGAGGGCUGCAUCAUCCAUGCGUUGCCUUGUUUCCUUGCGGGAGUUUCUGUUACGGAUGGUGCCCAGUACGGAGUACCGUCGACGCAAAUCAGAUGA